GUACAAUGCGUAUGAUAUCGUAAGCACAGUCCGAAGAACUUCAAUUACUUAGCUAGGAAUUACUUAUUAAGAUUCGUGUACUUAUUCAGCCAUACUUGAAGUGUAAACAUCUAGACUUUUAGACACGGAUGCUCUACUGCCAACUCCCUAAUACGGUUACACGGCUACUAGAGUAGACGUUGAUUACGAUGAAGUCCCAAUGGCGAGCUUGACGAGUCGCUGCACUAUACUGGAUUUUUUCUCGUACCGCGUAGUUGGUGCAGUACGAAAAUAAGCCAAGCAAGACCAUGACGGCUGUGUUUGGCAAGAGUCCGCCGCCCGCCCGGACACCCGACCAUGCGGUGGCCUCGUCCCCCGGGGCAAAAAGCGGGUCCGCCAGCAGAAGGAACAGGCCGAGCCAAAGUUUGGACGAGAUUGGCAAACCGGCCGUGGUUGGAGAGCAUACUCUCCCACCGAAGGGUACCACAGCAACACCAACCCGGUUGCAAGCGACGCCAGUGCACCAGCAGAACUCGAGCAGUAGCCACGCUUCGAAGGUGUCCGUCGGCAGUCACCACUCCCACGGCGGAGCAAACGACAUGGAAAAUCUGCGGUCCAGGGUGCGGCACAUCGAGAAAAGGAUAGUAUUCAUGAAUUUGAUUUUUAACAUAAAAUAUUGAUCUGUUUUCUUCUCGCUGGGAUACAGCUCUUAUUUGCUUUGAUCUUCGAUUCAUCCUAAGUAGUGACUGUUCGCGUAAGUACGGGUCCAGCCCGAUUCGUGUUCGUGCAUGACCAAAAAUUCCGCUUCCAGGUUGCCUACGAGCAAACCGAAUCGGAUUUGGUUUACUCCUUUUUGGAAGCCUGGUUCUCACCGAAAUCUGCGGAGGUGGUGUUGCAGCUCCUCUCGCUGGUUUUCGUCGCAACCUUUGUCUACGCGCUUGCCCUGCUGACGAUCAUCAACUACGAGCUGGCCAGCAUCAAGGAGGACUUCAAGCUGGACGAGAAAACCGCGACGUAUUCCGAGUAUUUUUCGCGGCUCUUCUCGGAGAAGAUUCUGAAGCAGGUGCUCAACAAGUUCGACUUUGCCAAGGGGCCCAUUUACGGGACAAUUUCCCUUUGCAUCUCCGUGGUAUUCUACGUCAUUGGGACGAUUUUCUCCAUCAUCGGCAAUUUCAUCAUGCAGACGGUCUUUUCCGUGCUCGUCAUGGUGUUCGCCGGCAUGAUCUGCUACUGGAGCCUGUUCGAAAGGCACGACACCACGCUGGAGGCGUUUCUGAAGAAGCAUCUGUCCUGGUGCCUGGUGUUGCUCCCCAAGCCGAUGGAGGGCGUGGUGCGAAAAAUUCCCACGGUCGCCGUGCUACAGUUCCUCAGUAAAGUGGCUGCGAAGAGGGGGCGGGAUAAAGAAGAGGAGGAAAAGGAAGCCGGUGCAGUAGAGCGAGACCCUGGGACGAUCGUGGACGACCGCACCGGACGUCGUGAUCAUGGGGCCUACGUGAUGUCUCAGCCAGAGUACGACGAAAUCUCAGCCCCCUUACUCACCGCAGAAGAGGCAGAGGUGCAAGCAAGAAAGCUAGAGGAGCAAGCAAAGCGGAUUCGGUACAGGUUUUUGAAGAUAGAUUUCCGCGACGGCAACACUAGUACAGAUGCAAUUAUUCAUUAUUCUUCAAUGCUGAUCAUCAUCAUUCUACCAGCUUGUUUUCUCAGCGCUGUACCACUGUGAUCACCAAAUGUAUCUUUGAAAUGUCAACAAAAAAUGCGAAACAAUUUUAUGCAGACGCAGUAGCCUUGGUGGCUUUCCAAAUUUUCCGAUUCCGAACCACGCUGAGGAGUCUUCUUUUUCCGCAGAAGGUGCACAUUCACUGCAACCCCGUGGUUCGGCCGCCGAGCAGCAAGAACCUAACUCCUCAUCAUCGCAAAUACACAACGCAAGCUCGUUCCAGUCGACGGCUUCAACGGCGUCUUUUCCUCCACUGGAAAUAAAUCACGACAGCAGUACUUCUACCGCAGGAGGAGCUCCAACUUCCUUCCGUCCCCCACCAAGAACAGCGGGUUUACCAGGAGGCGACAGCGUCAGCUCUGCGGUUACUGCAGCCGCGGAAAUGGAGAUCGACGCCGAUGACGUCAGCGCAGUGAGCAGUAGUGGAGUGUCAUCCACUUCGGGCACUAGUAACUCGGACGCAACGUGAAGUUGUAAAGUUCUCCUGGGUGCUCGUGCUGCUCGUUCUGCUGCUAUUGCCAUCUUCCAGCUAAGUCGCAUAAGUACUAGCAGGACCUGUAGCUGCUCGGUUCCACAUUUUAGUGACUGCGACGACGACUCAAUUUUGCAUUGGACAACAUCCAAACAUGUUGACAAGCGACCACCACAUAGCGACGACCAACGAAAAGCGACAAUUGCAAAUAUCAAUCAAAAUUGAUUGUGGUACAAACUGGC